AUGCCGCGCAAGCCUCUAAUCACCAUCGUCGGUGCAACAGGGACUGGCAAAUCUGAUCUGGCAGUCGAGAUCGCGCGAAGAUAUAAUGGCGAGAUCAUUAACGGCGAUGCGAUGCAACUGUAUCGUGGAUUGCCUAUUAUUACGAACAAGAUUACGCAACACGAGACGAAAGGCGUUCCUCAUCAUCUAUUAGGCUGCAUCAGCCUUGAAGAAGAGACUUGGACUGUGGGGAAAUUCGUAGGCGAGGCUUUGAGAACGAUCAAUGAAAUUCGAAGUAGAGGCAAACUCCCGGUCUUAGUUGGUGGCACUCACUACUAUACGCAGUCACUCUUGUUCCAGGAUGCGCUAUCGGAUGAGCCCGAGUUGAACCUGAACGAGAACACCCAGCCUCUGCCUGUACUAGAAGAGCCGACUGAAGUCCUGCAUGCCAAGCUGAGAGAAGUCGAUCCUAUCAUGGCCGAUCGGUGGCAUCCAAACGAGCGGCGCAAAAUUCAGCGUUCACUGGAGAUAUAUCUAAGAACGGGCAAACCAGCUUCGCAACUUUACAAAGAACAGAAAUCGCAGCGCGAGACCUCUGCUGCCCAAGCGGAUGGCACAACAUCGGAUAGCCGCUCAGGCCUUCGUUUCGAAACUCUUGUGUUCUGGGUGCACGCAAACAAGGACGUGCUGCAUCGCCGUCUUGACGGCCGUGUUGAUAAGAUGAUCGCCAGAGGUCUACUUUCUGAAGUCGAAGAACUCAGCAGUUUCCGUGAGCGGCACGAAGCCGACACAGGUGCCAAUAUCGACCAGACUCGCGGCAUCUGGGUAUCGAUAGGAUAUAAGGAGUUUCUAGAGUACCAAAGCGCUCUUUCAGACAGCUCACGCGAAGCAUCCGAGCUGGAGAAGUUCAAGACCCUCGCCAUUGAGAAGACACAAGCAGCCACCCGUCAAUACGCCAAUCGCCAGAUCAAAUGGAUACGCAUCAAGCUUCUCAACGCACUGAUCAGUGCAGGUCAAAAGCAUACCACCUUCCUAGUCGACGGUUCCGACGUAUCUCAAUGGGAAGACAACGUCGCCAAACCCGCCAUAGCCAUUACCGAGCAAUUCCUCUCCGGCCAACCACUACCAUCUCCGUCGACGUUAUCGCCGGCAGCAGCAGAAAUGCUGACACCGAAGCGCGAGUACGAUUUAGGCCAGCGACCAGACCUCUGGCAGAAGAAAGUCUGUGAGACAUGCGGCACGACGUCUAUCACCGAGAACGACUGGAGUUUACACGUCAAGAGCCGUGCACAUCGAAAAGCGGUAGCUACAAGAAAGAAGCAGGAGAAUGCACACAAGAUGCGGAACGGUAGCGCGAAAAGCCCCCAAGCAGAAGUGGUUGAUGUUCUCGAACACUAUCUAGAUACCUUUCCUGGAAGCCAAGAGCCCAAAUGA